AUGGGGUGGGAUCCUCACCCUCGAAUUGAUGCGCAGGAUGGGCAGACGCUCGAGGCGGCAGCUGACAUCAUAGGAGUGACAGUGCUGUUCCCCGGAGCGAUCUUUGCCAUGGCAGGAGGGGCCAUCUUUGGCAUUGGCUAUGGCUCCCUGCUGGUGUGGAUCGCCACCAGCCUUGGGCAGACACUAGCGUUCAUUGUGGGCAGGUACAUGCUGCGGGGAAUGGUAGUGGCGUAUUUGUCCAGUCGCUUCCCCAAGUGGGCGGCCGUGGAUGCAGCGCUUAGUAACGAGGGCUGGAAGCUCAUCACGCUCCUGCGGCUGUCCCCGAUCGUGCCUUGGAAUGUGCUCAACUAUGCACUCUCUGUCACCGGCGUGGGCUUGCUGCCGUACGCGCUGUCGUCUUCAGUGGCGAUAGUUCCUUGGAGCAUCACCUUUGUCUAUUUUGGCUCCAUGGCGAAAAACAUGGCCGACAUUCUGGAGGGCCGCGCCGGGCCGCAUGGCGCGUCAUCAGUCGCCCUGCUGGCGAUGUCUGGUGUCAUGCUUGUGGCUGUGGUGGUGUACUCCACCAUCAUUGCCAGGAGGGCGAUAAGGGAAGCGCUGUCCAAGGGUGGCAACUCAACAGAUGAGGAGCUGCAGUCAAUAGUAGUCAGCUCGACAGAUAAUGACGAGGGAAAUAAUGGUGCCAAGGGAAUGAUUGCGUCCCUGAAUGGCCUCAACAGCGAGUCAUCCGGCCGAAGAAACACCGCCACUGAACGCUAGGGCGCGCUGUGCUGAGCGUGGAGCUGUGCAUCUUCCCCAAUAACAGAGAGAGGUUGCUGUGAAGAUACUGCAACGCUGGUUCCCCGGGGAUGCUUUCAAGCCAGUCAGGGUCUUGUAGUCAGCAUAGAUUGCAGAGACCACACCUUGGCAUAGCAUAUGGGAGGCAGAGAGGAGCGGAAUGAUUGUGUAGCUGGCUCCACCAAAUUGCUCUAGAACGAGCUCAAUAAGCAGAUGCCCAGGAUGUCAGCAGUUCCAGUGAGCGCAGUUUGGUUGUUUCAUUGUAUUUUAUACAUCAGGGAGUUCUCUCUGUAGACAGGGGGUACCCUCCCUUUUUUAUAUUUCUCUAUUUUGUACAUUCGCCUGGCAUAGAGUCUCAAUGGAUUUUCAGGGCUCCCUUGACAAUCGGAGCGCUAGCAUUUUCUGGGUCAUGCCUGCAUCACAUUGGGAGAACCUGCAGCGAACGCUGGCUCAAGAUUGAAGAUUGCAUUGAAGAGUUUGGUGAAGGCAAGCUGUCAAUGUCCACCAUGCCGUAUUGAUUCAUGCUUCGGCAUUUCUGCUGGAGGGUAAGCAUGCGCCAUAUAUGGCAGCUUUUGAAGCACAGACGCAUCGUCGCACUGCCUAUGUAUUGCCAGGUCUGGUAGUUGCUAGGAAGCCUGGCUUUCUGCGAGAGCAUUGAUCAUGAAGCUGAUCAGCUUCAUGGGCAGCACAUUUCUGGCUGUUAUAACAACACCAAGUUGCCAAGGCCAUUCAGUGAAGGAUUGGGGCUGCCAGCCAGUGAAUGUCGAUUAACAUUAGCACUGGUC